AUGGACAUUAUAUUAGGAAUUCGUCUUAAAGAUUGUACGUUAUUGGCGACAUCAAAAGCUUUCACACGAGGAAUCUCUGUUUUGAAGGCCACCGAUGACAAAACAUGUGAUUUAAACACUCACAACGUUAUUGGAUACACUGGAGAAUCUGGUGAUACUACUCAAUUUGCAGAAUAUAUCAAAGGCAAUGUGCAAUUGUUUGGGCUCCGUGAAGGUUACGACAUGGAACCACAGGAGAUUGCGUCCUUUAUAAGACACGAGCUGGCAACUUCUCUAAGAUCAAGAAAGCCAUACCAGGUGAACCUUAUACACGCUGGAACUACCUCUAAAGGUGAAGGUUUUCUGAGCAUGAUUGACUACAUUGGAACCAGAUGUGACUUGCCAUAUGUUGCCCACGGAUAUGCCGCAUUUUACACAAUGUCGUUGUUGGACCAUCACUAUCGGGAGGAUAUCACAUUCGAUGAGGGCCUGAAAUUGAUAAAGUUAUGCGAGCAAGAGUUGAACAUGAGAAUGCCAAUUGAAUUUAAAGGGUUGAAUGUUAAGUGUGUAAGCAAAGAUGGAAUUCGUAUAGUUGACUAUUAG